AGCCUCCCAUUUCGUUUUUGCUUCUCUUGUUGGUAAUUUACUUGCGAUAUUUCACAAUAUGCAGCAAUCUCAGGUUUUCCUCGAGGCUUGUUGUUAUUUUUUUUCGAGAUCUGUUCUGCGCGAUUUUAGUUCUACCGAAGCUGUUUAUGCUUGGAUGGAUCCGGGUGAGGGUGGCGCACUGUGUCGCAGUUAUGCUUAGCGGAAGGUAAGAAGAGGAGGUGACCUAUAUCCGUAGUGUCGGAAGGAUCGUGACUUUGUUUUGCGAUUGUUUACUCUGAUCCUCGCUGAAAUUCGAAAGAGAAUGCUGGUGGAGUGAUUGUGAAAAUAAAAAUUGGAUAGCCUCGGGGGAUAUUCUUUUCAGCGGACUUGCAAUGGCAACCUCUGGCGGAACGUGUGGAGAUGUGGAUCUCGGCCUUCUUCAUAGUGCUUCUUUUCUCAAAUUUCCGAUUGACAAGCCGAAUGAUCCUAACAGAGAAAUCCAGUCUCGCCUGAGUUUCUUGCUGUUGCUCACUGGUGUGGGAACCACCUUAGGUUUCAAGGAAGUUUUAUUUCUGGAAAGAACUCUGGAGUUGUCUUGCAGAGAAAGAGAACGCGUACAGAAAAGGCCCCGCUUAAGUGCUUGUCUAUCAGUUGGUGAGACGAUACUUGACGGGGAGGAGGCGGUGGAUGGAGCUGGAGAAAGCAAAGGUGGUAAAUCACCGAUGCAAGAUGACGGGUCAGAGUCCCUUUCCUCGUCGCAGGAGUUUGCAGAGAAGGGGAAGGAAGAUUCAGCGAAGAAAGAAGUGUACACUGAACGGUUUAAAUCCAUCGACACAAGAGUGGAAGAGGUGGAGGAUGCACGGUGUGAUGAAAGUGGUGAGGAUCUCAUUCGCCGAGGUAAAGAAAUCUUUCUUCAGGGUUUUAACUGGGAAUCUCACAAGCAGCAGUGGUGGCGGUCACUGAAAAGAAAGGUCUCGGAGCUUGCUGGUUGGGGUUUCACUUCUUUGUGGCUUCCUCCUGUUUGUGAUUCGUUGGCCCCACAAGGCUACCUCCCCAAGAAUCUAUACAAUUUGAAUUCGGCCUAUGGUAGUGAAGUUGAACUGAGAAGCUUGUUGCAGCACAUGAAGAAAAGUGGCUUGAAGCCCAUGGCCGAUAUAGUAAUCAACCAUCGAGUAGGUAGCACUCGAGGAAAAGGAGACCUUUACAAUCGUUAUGAUGGACUCCCUAUGCCUUGGGACGAGUAUGCCGUCUCAUCGGACACUGGCGGGCUGGGAAAGCCAAGCACGGGAGAGAUAUUCAAAGGUGUGCCCAAUUUAGACCACUCAAGUGAAGUUGUUGCAAAUGACUUGAAGAACUGGCUGGAAUGGAUGCGCAAGGAUGUAGGCUUUGAAUGCUUUCGGUUUGACUAUGCGAAGGGAUAUAGCCCUAAAUUUGUGAAGGCCUACAUAGAAGCUUCGAAGCCUAGACUGGCUAUCGGCGAGUACUGGGACACCUGCAAGUAUAUCGGACCCAAUUACCUUCUUGAUUAUAACCAAGAUGCUCACAGACAGCGAACAGUUGAUUGGAUUGAUGGAACUGGUGGCUUAUCAUGUGCAUUUGAUUUUACUACGAAGGCUAUCUUGCAGGAAGCAUGUGCCAAAGAGGAAUGGUACCGACUUCGUGAUGCACAAGGGCGCCCACCUGGGCUGUUGGGUGUGUGGCCCUCGAGAGCUGUGACAUUCAUAGAUAACCAUGAUACGGGAUCCACCCAAGCGCACUGGCCCUUCCCUCGCAAUUGUGUUGCACAGGGUUAUGCUUACAUCCUCACUCAUCCUGGUCAGCCUUGUGUGUUUUACGAUCAUUUGUAUGAGUGGAGCGGCGACUUGAAGAGGGUUAUUCUAGAAUUGAUUGAUAUUCGCAGGAAACUUGAGGUUCAUAGUCGAUCGCACAUCACGAUACUUGAAGCAGACACGAAUGGUUAUUCAGCCGUUGUUGACAACAAGCUGUGCGUGCGAUUAGGCAACACUGAAUGGACCCCUCCCUCUGAUAGUCUCUGGGAACUUACUCUCUCGGGCAGUGGCUAUAUGAUAUGGAGUAAACCCCAGCCGCUCUUAACCUCUCAAUGAGCGUCUUGCUCGUGAAUUUCAGACGCAUUCAGCAUUUAUUUAUUAUACAUGAAUUGUCCAUUGUAAAGUGGAUAAGGAUCCCGUAGCGAUCUACAUUAAUUUCUUAUGAUUGGCUUGCGAAACAAUCACUAGUUGCCACAGCAGUCACCUUGACUUGUGUGAUGAAUUAGUAUUUUCAAACACUUUUACAUAUUUGAAUAGUUUCCUGAAGCCACUGCAUUGUGGUCGGGUUAUCUGAUAGUUGGAAUUUAACAAUUAUUGAUUUUAUAAAAUACAUAUACGAUUUAUUUUUA